UUGAAAUAUUAUGUGCAAUAUUUUGAACCAACACUAAACAAAGUUUGCUCUUACAAAAUGGCGGAUUACAAAGCAAUUGUCACAGGGGGAGCGAGAGGGAUUGGUUAUGCAAUUACCUCUGCGUUACUCGAGGCUGGUGGAAAGGUUUGCUUUUUAGAUAUCUCAGCCAGGGAAGGAGUGAAGGCACAGAGAGAUUUGGAUGAGAAAUAUGGCAGUGGAAAGGCUGUGUUCUUACAGUGUGAUGUUUCAAAUAAGAACGAACUGCGCGAUGCAUUUCAUGAAGCAAAAUCUCGCAUGAGUGGGUUGAACGUGUUGUGUAACAAUGCUGGAGUGGAAUUUGAUGAAGAUGAAAUAACUCGUUCUGAUGAAAUGAUUUCAAUUAACGUCGGGGGUGUUAUUAAUGGUAGUAUGCUGGGGCUUGAAUUAAUGGGAAAAGGUUCUGGAGGAGAUGGUGGUGUUAUCAUAAACUCCUCGUCCAUUGGCGGGGUAACUCUUCUCUUGAAAUUUAUUCCUGUGUAUUCGGCGACAAAGGCGGCGGUCGCUCAUUUUUCUUGAUGUAUUGCAUUGACAGCACCGAAUGACUAUGGUGUGAGAGUGAAUUGUAUAGCUCCUGCUGCUGUUGAAACUAAUAUGUUGAACUCGUUUAUAAAUUCUCUUCGGAGUGGAAAAUUAAAAGCCCCGGAUGAUUACAUGCAGCAAAUCCCAAAAACUGACGAAGAGUUGCGCAAUCGCGCUAUUAAGCCAUCUGAUAUCAGCAAGGAAGUGAUGAAACUUAUAAGUGACGAGUCAAAGAACGGUCAGGUUCUAUUGAUAGAAAAGAAUCCUCAAG